UAAGCAGCGAAGAGAAUAAAGUAUGUGGGCGUUGCUUAAGAUUCAUUCUGGAGUGUUUUCUCCUGUAAGAAUUUUCUACGCUGGUGCUUCCAGGGCAGUCAGACGCCACGCACAACCAGCGUCUGCAGUACUGAUUGAUCCAUUGGUUUCAAGUGCUUGGCUAGAGAAAAACUUGUACAACGUGUCUAUUCUGGAUGUCCGAGGAAUUGUUGACACAAAGACACUGUCUAAGGGAGUGGAAAAGUCGGACUACAUCGCCUGCUACGACGAUUAUCUCUCAGGCCACAUUCCCGGAGCAGUGUUUUUCAAUUGGCUUACAGAUGGAAUCGACAUAAGCCAAUCCGAAGUGUCUUGUAGACAACUAACAAAUGACACUGCUAAGUUCUCCGCGGUGGUAGAAGCCAAAGGAGUGUCAUCUGAAAAGCCAGUAGUCGUUUACGAUGAUUGCGAUUGCCUUUUGGCUUGCUGGUUAUGGUGGUCUCUUGUAAGACACGGCCACGAGCGUGUGCAUGUCCUCGACGGAGGAUACAAAAAGUGGACGGCAGAGGGAAGAGCAACUGAACUCUACGAGCCUUGUCCUCUGAAGAUUUAUGGAGAUUUCAAGCCAUCAAAUCCAAGGCCUUUCACUUCAGUCACUUGUGAUGAGAUUCUUGAGCUCUUGUCGACAAAAGACCAGAGUAUAGCAUUUGUGGACGCUCGAAACUUAGAACAGUACUCGGGACAUGUUAGGAGAUCCAAGCGUGCCGGAAGAAUUCCAGGUGCCAUCAGCAUUCCAAGAAAGAGCUUGAUUACUACCAAUGGGAUCUUUAAGACAAUAGACGAACUGCGAGAAGUGUUCCUUAAUGCUGGACUCAACCCGGCGCAGCAAAAGAGACUAAUUUUCUACUGCAAUGGAGGAGUAGCAUCUUGCAGCGUCUUACUAUCAUGGCACCGGAUUGGUGGCAAGCUCUGGUCAAAUUACAGUGGCAGCUGGAACGAAUGGGGUAACAGAGAGGACGUUCCUGUUGAGUCAUAGAUCACCAUGUAGACAAGCAACCAACAUGCAUGCUCGUUCCAAGGAUGCCCAAGUCCGCGUUUGGGCCAUCAGGUUCUUUAAUCUUAACACAAGUGUGAGCACCGAAAAGGUAGCUCACUUGAAACGGGGUGCGAGCGGCACCGAAGUAAAAUGAGCAAAGGAAGGCUUUUCAGCGACUGCCCUUCGUUGUAGUGGUAACACAGGGGACUGUCCAAAGCUUUGGAAGCCUGCGUUAGCGCUCUAUCAAACGCGAUUUGCACACUGGUGAGGAGGUCUUCCAGCUUCUUGGCUGGAAGAAGCACCGGAAUCGAAGAUAAGUCGAACUGAUGCUAAGAUGAAGUCGCUCAAGCAAGUGGAAUGGAUUUUUCACAGGCAUGCCGGUUGGAAGGGCAAGCUUGAAGAGUAUAGAUGGGCUCCGGAUUUCUACAGUGGAGGGAAAUUCAAUACAAAGUGAAAAUGGAUUGUUCAUUCCUUGGCCAGAAGAACAUGGAGAGGAUGCAAUAAAAGCAGUACAAACUUUUCUCAUUC